UCUCUCUAGAUAAUACUCAUGGGUCUCAUCUCACUCCAUAUAUAUCCCAUCUGCCCCUUUCCCUUGUUCUUAAUUUUCGUUUGUUCAUCACUCUAAGUCUCUCCCCUAAAUGCACCAAUCAUUUGCAGAAAUCUGAAAUCCUUGCCGGCCUGGUCAUUUAUUCUCGAUUCAAAUUUAGAGAAAUGGAAAUCUAUCAAGGUCUGCCCUCUUAUUACAGUACCUUGGGUGUGAGCAAGAAUGCAUCGCUUUUCGAAAUACGGAGUGCUUUCAAGAAGCUUGCAAUGAAAUGGCACCCUGAUAAGUGGGCGAGAGAUCCCCGUCUCGUGGAAGAAGCGAAGAAGAGGUUUCAACAGAUUCAAGAAGCAUAUGAAGUAUUAUCGGACCACAACAAGAGGACGUUGUACGAUGCAGGGUUGUAUAGUCCGGAGGAAGAAACAGACCAAGGUUUUUGCGAUUUCGUACAGGAAAUGGUGGGGCUCAUGGCUAACGUGAGAGCAGAGGAGAGGAGCUACACAAUAGAUGACCUCCAAAAUAUGUUUGCCGAAAUGGUAGCCGAAUGGGGAGAAGUAGGGUUCGAGUCCGUGACGGAACACCCGAAGGACCAACAAUACUUUUUCACACAUGAAAAACAUAGAAAAUGGCCGGAAGAAGGAGCUUGUGAAAGAGCAAAGAGAGCUCGCGUAAGUGCCGUCGGAUCCGACCGCCGGCUCAACGUGGCGCAAUAUUCGCCGUUCACAACCGCCGCCUUCGUAGCUUAAAACUACGCCGGGUGUCGCAGCGGGAUAAUACAUGACGUCCUUCCGCGUCGCUUUCGUAAUGGCAGAGCGUUCCAUGGCAGGCAUGCAUGUUACUGGGGUCCACUUCUUACACGUUUGUUCUGAGAGUUUAACACGUGCGUCUGUUUUAAAUGGGGGUGUGAAGGAAAGUAUUUAUUAAUCUUUGGACUGCAAAACAGCGGUGGUUGAAGAUAGGCGUGUGACGUGGACAAUUUUGUAUAGGGGAUGGGCUGUGUGUGUUUGUUUGUGAGGAUGAAGUAUUUGUAUUCUUCUACUUUCCACUGAAGAUGCAUGUUACGAAAGCCUUGAGGUGAAAAA